UAAAAGAAUUUUGGGGCUCGAAAUAUAUAUAUAAACCUUGCAGGACAACUCAGGCGCAUUUUAAGAAAGUUACUUCGAAUAAUUUUGCGAACACCUUUUUGUUCAAAUGUGCAAUGGUUCCUCCUACACAAAGUGCAUCUAUGCUAUCCAUGAUGGAAUAUCCAACAGAAUUUUCUUUUGAGUGCAGUAAGAAAACCAAAGGGUCAAGAAAAUCUAGAUCUCUUGAAGGAAAGAAUCCAAACGGUAUGUCACGCAAUGCAGCUAGAGAAAGAUAUAGAGUGAAAAGUCUGAGAAAUGCGUUUCAUAGCCUCCAGAAAUGCUUACCAUCUGUACCACCCAAUACAAAACUUUCCAAGCUGGAUGUUCUCAUCUUAGCCACAACCUAUAUCUCUCAUCUUAGUCGUAUUCUAAAUGAAGACGAAUCACCACAGGAAAAUGGCAUCUCAAAUAUGGAUUUCGAUUUCCUAGAGAACUCAAUCUGCCCGGUCCCUGAAGUAGAGAUUAGAAAUCCCAACUGGGAAAAAAGUUAUCUGCAUCCUGUCAAGAAAUGGCCUAUGCGUUCAAGAUUGUACGCAGGCGUAGAAGCAAACGAUUCUUCUUCAAAUGACUACAGUUCCGGCGCGGUUGCCAUUGCUCAGAAAACAACUUGGUGAAUUUCUCUAAAAGAAUUUAACUGUUGAAGUAAAUGUAAGCUGGUAGAGCUGAACUUUUAACUGAUUUUAGAUAGAAAAUUUGCAGUAUUUAUUCUCUGCAUGUGUUAAGUACUGUAAUUAAAAGCUGCCUUUCUUAUAAGUUCGUCCGUCCAUUAAGUCUGUGCAAUAAACGAUAUUGCAAUGAAUUAUAUGAAAUUUCUCAGCUCCAGACCAAAGAAUUUUUUCAUCGACCGUAUGGUUCUACUGCCAAAUUUUCUAACUUACGAUUUCCAUUUCUGUUGUAUACAGGAAUUUUGUAUAUAUUGUACAUUAAAUAUUCGUGUUACUUUUGGUUAAUUUUGUACAAAAAUUUAGUUGAUUUAAAUGAAAAUAAAUCUGAAAAUUCAUAUGAUCUGUUAAAUAAAUAUUAUUUUUAUAGAAAAUGUGUAAACUUGAAGAAUUUUUAUUUGAAGUAUUUAAUCUUGUAAAUGUGUCAACUUUAAUUUGAAAUGAUUCUGAGCUCUAUAAAUAAUAUGUAAGAUAUAUAAUGAUUUAUUUCAUUAUUGUUAGUACUAGUAUGUAAGCAGGGAAAUUAAAGGUAUCAAAUGUGUUUUGAAUAAAUAUGAUAACAAUUGUCAAAUAAUUUUAAAAAAAUGAUUUAUUAUACUGUUGUUUAAAACGAUUUGAAAUAUUGAAAUAAGCGAACAUUUGCAAUUGUAAAACUGCAAUUUAAAAUUUUUAAAUUACACUUUGCAAUUAUUAUUAUUUUGCAAAGUUAUUUAAAAUAAUAACACUUGCAGAGUGCAAGUCAUGAUCAACUAUAUAUAUUAACUUUUUUUUAAUAAUAAGAUUUUUUUUAAAUCAUCAAAUAUUUUUGUAUAGUUUUGUUAUUUCAGUUUUAAAAGUUAUGAUUCCAUACCUCAUCAUUCCACAUAUUAUUGUACAAGGCUCUGUAUUGUCUAAGUGUAUAUG